AUGGAUAUUAGCUGGUGUUAUAUUUGCGGCAAGCAAAUAUUCGAUACGAAUGCGUUGUAUUGUAGCUCGGAAUGUGCAAAUUUGGAAAAUCCUUCGGCCAAAACCGUUUCCCUCAAUACUCUUAGCCCUCCGAAUUCCCCGCCUUCGAAUUUAAGAUUCUCCAUUGCUAUAAUUCCAAACAUCUACCACGCUUCUGAGUCUAACGCAAGAGCUCUCUCUCCACCAUCAUCGGCUAGCAGCUCUUACACUGAAUCUAAUUUGUCUUCUUCUCUUACUAGCGUUUGCACUCUGGACCAAUGUUAUACCGGCAUUAAUUGCCAAAACAAUAGUGAUGAUACCAUCUUUGAUGAUUACAACACUUGCUUAUAUUCAACCAGCAAUCCGAUUGACAUUCCAAAUUCUAGAACUAAGACCGAUUCUAAAAUGACCGAACAAACCAAACCUAUCUUCGGAUUUGGUGAAGGUAGUUUUGGGGAAAAAAUUGAUUUUUAA